GGCUGGCUCGGCUGUGAAGAGGCUCCUAUUGACGCUGUUCUUCUGAAAGUGCUGACCGAAGAAUGACACAGCAUGUGAUACAGACCUGAGAUGGCGAGUGGACAGCUGUCGAGGGCGGAGGCAUUGGCAUGCUCGGGCUGCAGGCAUGCGUGCCAUGUGAUGCUCUACGCUGACACGAAAGCUCAGCUGUUUGGGAGAAUUCCCAUCAAACAUAUCAUACUGAUGCAGAUGCGCUUUGACGGUCUGCUGGGUUUCCCUGGCGGGCUUGUUAACCCUUCAAAGGAGACCCUUGAGUCGGGGCUUACCAGGGAAUUGUCAGAAGAGCUGGGCCUGGCUUUGCCAAUAUCUGUUGAAGAUCAUGUGGAUUCUUGCUUUGCCCCUGCUUCCUCCUCCUCCUCCUCACAUCUUAUCACUCACUUCUACGUGAAGAAGAUGGAUGAAGAGCAGAUUAGGGAGGUGGAGAGGGCAGCUGCCUCCACUGCAGCAGAUCAUGGUCUGGAGGUUCUGGGAAUGAUCAGAGUCCCUCUCUACACCACAAAAGGCGGAGGAGGCCUCGCCUCCUUCCUGUCGCACUCUUUCAUUGGCAGCGCUCGCUCCCAGCUGGUCGACGCAAUGCUGCGCUUCAACUUGGUCACCCCCGGGGAGUUGCACAAAGCCCUGACACACUCUCUGAAGACUCAUGCGCACACUAAACAAGACCUGGAAGCAGCCCUGGCACUGAUGGAGGAAAGGAGGAAACGGUUUUGAAAAACACACCUGCAUGGGCACAUCUUCUCAAAAUGUAGAUACAGUUCCAUCUGGACUACUCGUGAAAAUAUUUCCAUCUGCUGUAACUUAUAUUCCGGCACCUCCCUGCCAUAUAUACGCACGAAAAGCCAAAGGAGGGAGAGCAGCAGCACAUAGCAGAGCAGGUAUUAAGGACUACAGAUAUGACACUGAUUAAGUCAGACACAGCAUGAAAGGAGGAGGAGGUGGGUUCCAAAGCAGCUUGUAGAGCAAAUUAACCUUGGGCAGACCGAGCCAGUUUAAAUAGUGUGCCCUAUUUGAGAUUUGCCAGUUGGAUGUGUAGACAGGUCUCAGAUGAGCCUUCACCUGCAGUAGGCUGGGGUUGAAAUCAGCUGAUGUGCCGGGAGUGUGGCCGAGCUUGAUUUCGUGGCCUGCCUGAACUAACCCUGUGCUCUGACCGUCCGCAGCACAGUCUCACACUUAAUCCUCCACACUCACACACAUGCUGUCAUGCUGACUCUGAGUUGAUGACUCAUAAUUGCAUACUGUGCACCAAACACUUUGGGGCAAAACAUUAUCAGCUCCUUUACAAUUAAUGGAAAUAAAGCUGUUUACACUGCCCAUCA